GGGAAGGUUACAAGUCAUUCUAUUCCAUGGAUAACCGUCUCCUAGUAUUAACUUCUUCACCUCUUCGCCUCUCCAUGGUCGCACAGGUUCCACUGGUUUGUUUUUGAGAACCGGUGUACCUGUUCUAGCCAAUGUGAAGUGGUUACGGCUCUCCAGACCGCUGAAUAUAUAUACUCAUCUAUACUUCCGAACCGGCGUUCCUUCUGAAUAUAAGCUUACUAAGAAGCCAAAUAAACAGGGACAGACAAUAUGCGUGGCUACUUGUUCAAUUCGAAAAUAAAUACCUCUCUACCAAGAUGCAGGUCUGUGCAGGCAUCUCGCAGGAGAUAUCCUUCGACCUUUUCGCCCUUUUUCAAACGAGGGUUGUUGACCCAGAGUUAUGCGCGUGGACCAUCUGAGCCGCCCUUGAUUGAGUCCACGAUUGGGGAUCACUUCUCGCGGAUCGUCCAGCAAUGCGGGGAUAAGACAGCUGUGGUAGCGAGGCAUCAGAACAAGAGAUUGAGUUAUUCAGCACUCGAUGAGAAGAGUAAUGCGUUGGCUCGAGGCCUCGAGGCCGAGGGUGUUAGCAAGGGAGACCGCGUGGGGGUUAUGCUGGGCAAUUCCGUUGAAUACGCCAUUAUCACUUAUGCAUUGUUCAAGCUUGGUGCCAUUCUUGUUCCUCUGAAUCCCUCCUUUAAUGCCUCGCAGGUCAUUGCAGCAUUGAGCCAUCUCGGUGCCAGCCAUCUGGUUAUCAGCGCAGAGGCCAAUCUCCCUCGCAAAGAACCUCGAAGCAACCUCCCCCUCGUCCAAGAAAUUGUCCAGGAUGUCUCGGCCUCCAAGGUGGCUUCAGCCGCAGUUCCCUCACUAAAAGGUGUCAUAUUUGUGGAUAACUCUGCUGGCCGAGUAGAUGUAUCAAAAUAUCGUGUCCUUACCCCUCUCCUCUCCGUCAUGUCCGGGAUGGCAGCGGACAGAGACCCCUUGGGGCCUCGAGAUCUCUCACCCCACGAUAUUGUGAACAUCCAGUUCACAUCUGGAACAACCGCCAUGCCCAAGGCUGCAUGCCUUUCCCAUCGCUCGAUCCUGAACAACGGCGCCUCCAUCGGCGAUCGAAUGCUCCUGACUCCAGAAGACAUCGUCUGUUGCCCUCCUCCGCUCUUCCACUGUUUUGGCUGUAUACUAGGGUACAUGGCGACGGCGACACACGGCGCUGCAAUUGUCUUCCCCUCGGAAUCUUUCAACGCCGGCGCAGCGCUAAAUGCUGUACAGGAGGAGAAAUGUACGGCGCUCUACGGCGUCCCGACGAUGUUCUUGGAACAACUUCAUCUGAUCGAAAGCGGGGAGGUACCCUACGAAGGAUUCCAGUACCUCCGUACCGGCAUCGCUGCUGGCAGCAGUAUCCCCGCUGAGCUGAUGAAGAAACUCCACGAGAUCCUCCACCUGACAGAACUGACCAUCUGCUACGGCAUGACGGAGACGAGCCCUGUCUCCGCCAUGACCACCACCGACGACCCGCUCGACAAACGCAUCAACUCCGUGGGGCGCCUGGUGCCUCACGUCGAAGCCAAAGUCGUCAAUCCAGCAGAUCGGAGCGAGAUACUCCCCGUCAACACCAAGGGUGAACUAGCAGUCAGUGGCUAUCUCCUUAUGAAGGGGUACUGGGGGGACCCCGAGCGAACAAUAGAAGUGAUGUACCCGGACGAAGAUGGCAAGGUGUGGAUGCAUACCGGAGACGAAGCCUCCAUGUCACCCGACGGCUACAUCUCCAUCACCGGACGAAUCAAAGACCUAAUUAUCCGCGGCGGCGAAAACAUCCACCCCCUCGAGAUCGAAAACUGUCUCCUCGCGCACCCGGGCAUCUCGGAUAUCUCUGUCGUUGGGGUUCCGGACCCCCGCUACGGAGAGGUCGUCGCGGCCUUUGUGGUAGCGCGUGAGCGAACCAAUCAGUCGAACAUCACGGACGAGGAGGUCAAGCUCUGGGUGCGUGAAAGGCUAAGCAGCCAUCUCGGUAUGUUCGACGCUGUCUUAUUUUCUUCCCUUUUUUAUAAAAGAAUUUGCGGUGGUUAAUUCUGUAGUGCCCAAAUAUGUCUUCUUUCUGUCUUCUUCGGAUUCCUUUCCCAAAACAGCAAGCGGGAAGAUCCAAAAAUUCAAACUCAAGGAGCU